CCGUCCCUUAAGGUCCAACCGUUUUUUUCGGGAUUGACUAUUGGAGUAUUUGUUUUGGCAUCCUCGCCUCUGCUUUUCCUCAAGUACACCACUCCCCUCACCUUCUCUACCCUACCCCAUCACUACACCUUAUCUUCUCCUCUUGCAUCAUACUCAGCACUUGGUUGUAACCCCACUUUGACUCGCAGGCGAUCAAGUUCACUACAUACAUAAACACACAUCAUCACACAAGAUGCUCCUCCCACAGCUUCUCGUGGUGGCCUUCGCCGCCCUGUCGAAUGCCGUGCCACAUCGGGACUCCCCCCAGCAGCGUCUCCAGGCAGGCCUCGAGCUGCCUGACAAGUUCCUGACCAGCAAGAAGACCUCCAAGCAGAACCCAUAUACCCCGGAUUUCCGCGACCCAUAUGACGGCAAGGUCGACCCCGUCAAGGACGAGCUCGACCCCUUGCCGUGGCGCAAUGGCCUGGGCGCCUCGGUCCUGGGGCCAUGGAACCCGGAGCGCUCUCGCCAGAACCCAGACUUGGUCCGGCCACCAAGCACCGACCAUGGCAACAUGGCCAACAUGCGCUGGAGUUUUGCCGACUCCCACGUGAGAAUCGAGGAAGGGGGAUGGACCCGCCAGACCACCGUCCGGGAGCUGCCCACCUCCAGUGAGCUGGCCUCCGUCAACAUGCGCCUGGGCGAGGGCGUCAUCCGUGAGCUGCACUGGCACAAGGAGGCCGAGUGGGCCUACGUCCUCGACGGAUCCGUCCGUGUCACUGCGCUCGACUACGAGGGCGGCAACUUCAUUGAGGAUCUCGAGAAGGGUGACCUGUGGUACUUCCCCAGCGGUGUGCCCCACAGCUUGCAGGGCCUCAGCCCCAACGGCACAGAGUUCCUGCUUGUUUUCGACGACGGCCGCUUCUCUGAGGAGAGCACUUUCAUCCUGACUGACUGGCUCGCCCACACGCCCAAGUCGGUCAUCGCAGAGAACUUCCACCUCGCCCCGGAGGUCUUCGCACACCUCCCCGAGGGCGAGAAGUACAUCUUCCAGGGCUCCAACCCGGGCUCCAUCGACGACGAGAGGCCCACCGGCAAGAACAUCAAGAAGUCCAAGUACAACUUCGCCCACAAGAUGCUGGCCCAGGAGCCCAUCGUCACCUCGGGCGGCGAGGUGCGCAUCACCGACUCCAAGAACUUCCCCAUCUCCACCACCGUGGCCGCCGCCCACGCCAUCAUCCAGCCCGGCGCCCUGCGCGAGAUGCACUGGCACCCCAACGCCGACGAGUGGAACUUCUUCAUCCGCGGCCGAGCGCGCAUCACCAUCUUCGCCGCCGAGGGCACAGCCCGCACCUUUGACUACGUCCCCGGCGACGUCGGCAUCGUCCCGCGCAACAUGGGCCACUUUGUCGAGAACAUCGGCGACGAGCCCGUCGAGAUGCUCGAGGUCUUCCGCGCCGACGAGUUCCGCGACUUCUCCCUGUUCCAGUGGCUCGGCGAGACCCCGCAGCGCAUGGUCGCCGACCACCUGUUCCAGGGCGACCCCGAGAACGCAGAGAAGUUCCUCGCCAAGAUCAAGAGCGCCGCCAAGGACCCCGUCACCAAGUACUCGGACGACGAGACCUCGGCCGCCGACGGCGGCGAGGAGAAGGAGCUGUAGGGAGGGGGCGUGUCCUUGUUCAGACUGUUCGGACUUGUUCUCAGGAAAAGCAGGGCUAUUUGUCGGGUAUAACGUUUCAUUUGUAGACAUCAGGGAUUCGCACGCGCAAAAACGGAGGGUGUAGUGUAGGACCACCUUCUCUGGGGCAAUCUCCUACAGGAUAGCCUCCUGUAAGAUAACUGGUUUAGUGUUAAUCUGGGAAAUUUAACUCGUUCAGUUAUCCUGUAUCUUCUCCAUCUCUUAUUUGCUGCAUCUACUUGCCUAGGUUGGUAGGCAGUGAGUCUUUUAUGCGGGUGCCCUCUGUUUUUGUGGAUGCGAAUAUCCGAUCUCCUUAUAACCUGUCACGGAUUUUUGGGUGUGGUUUUAGGCAUAUAUCUGGGUUAUCGAUACGGACGUAAAAGUUGUGUGUAUACUCGAAGAAUGCAGAUCGAGAACUGUCUAAUCUAACUACACGUGUCGAA